CAAUUAUUUCGGUGCUCUACUUCCGUUUCCCGCCAAAAGCCGGUAUUAGUCGAACAUAAAAAGGACAAAAGGGACUUUAAUAAUUAUUGCGAUAUAAUCGUCAAUUAAUCAUAAUCAAAAUACCAAAAAUGAUUGGGAAAGGCAAGAUGUAUGUGAUAAAACGCGAUGGACGCAAAGAAGAUGUUCACUUUGACAAAAUAACGUCCAGAAUUCAAAAAUUAUGUUAUAAUUUGGAUAUGGAUUAUGUAGAUCCUUCUGCAAUUACUUUCCGUGUAAUCAGUGGUAUAUACUCAGGUGUAACUACUGUUGAAUUAGACAAUCUUGCAGCUGAAACUGCAGCAACAAUGACUACUAAACAUCCAGAUUAUGCGAUAUUAGCUGCACGAAUUGCAGUCUCUAAUCUUCAUAAAGAAACAAAAAAAAGUUUUAGUGAAGUAAUACAGUCCUUAUAUAACGUAAAGGAACAAUAUUCAAAUGAAAGCAGACCUGUUAUUAGCGAAGAAUAUUACAAUAUUAUACAAAAAAAUGCAAAUAAAUUAAAUUCCGCAAUAAUUUAUGAUAGAGAUUUUAGUUAUAAUUACUUUGGUUUUAAAACACUUGAGAAAAGUUAUUUAUUAAAGAUACAUGGGAAAGUUGUUGAAAGACCACAACAUAUGCUAAUGAGAGUUGCAGUUGCUAUCCAUGGUGAAAAUAUUGAUAAAGCUAUAGAAACAUACAACUUUUUAUCAGAACGUUACUUUACUCACGCAUCUCCAACACUUUUUUCUGCAUGUACUAGACGACAGCAAAUGUCUAGUUGUUUUUUACUAACAAUGAGUGAUGAUAGCAUUGAAGGAAUUUAUGAUACAUUAAAAAGAUGUGCACUUAUUAGUAAAUCAGCUGGUGGUAUUGGACUUAAUGUACAUUGUAUUCGAGCAAGAGGUACACCAAUAGCUGGUACACUUGGUGUAUCUAAUGGUUUGAUUCCAAUGAUCAGAGUAUACAAUAAUACAGCUCGGUAUGUUGAUCAAGGAGGAAAUAAAAGACCAGGAGCAUUUGCUAUAUAUUUGGAACCAUGGCAUGCAGAUAUCUUUGAAUUUUUAGAUCUUAAAAAAAAUACUGGUAAGGAAGAACAUAGAGCAAGAGAAUUAUUCUAUGCUCUAUGGAUACCUGAUCUUUUUAUGAAACGAGUUUUAGAAAAUGGUGUAUGGUCUUUAAUGUGUCCACAUGAAUCUCCUGGUCUACCUGAUGUUUGGGGCGAUGAAUUUGAAGCUCUCUAUACGCGAUACGAGAAUGAGAAAAGAUAUAAACGUCAGAUUCAAGCUAGAGAUUUAUGGACAUCUAUUCUUGUCGCUCAAGUUGAAACAGGAACUCCUUAUAUGCUUUAUAAAGAUCAUUGCAAUCGUAAAUCAAAUCAUCAAAAUAUAGGAACAAUCAAAAGUAGUAAUUUGUGUACAGAAAUCGUACAGUUUUCCAGUCCAGAUGAAAUCGCUGUGUGUAAUUUGGCUUCAGUUGCGGUCAAUAUGUUUGUAAAUCCUGUUAAUCGAACAUUUGAUUUUCAAAAACUUUUGCAAGUCACAAAAAUUAUUACUUGUAAUCUAGAUAAGAUUAUCGAUGUUAACUAUUAUCCAGUUCCACAAGCGAAAACAUCAAAUUUUAGACACAGACCUAUAGGGAUUGGAAUUCAGGGUCUCGCAGAUGCAUUUCUUUUAAUGCGAUAUCCAUUUGAAAGUGAGGAAGCACAAAAACUUAAUAUUCAAAUAUUUGAAACACUAUAUUACGGUGCUUUAGAAGCUAGCUGUGAACUUGCUGCAGAGAAAGGAACAUAUGAAACUUAUAAAGGUAGUCCAGUCAGUAAAGGAAUUUUACAAUAUGAUAUGUGGAAUGUUACUCCAACUGAUUUAUGGAAUUGGACAAUUUUAAAAGAAAAAAUUGCUAAACAUGGAGUUAGAAAUUCUUUACUAAUUGCACCUAUGCCAACAGCAUCUACUGCACAAAUUUUAGGAAAUAAUGAAUCCAUAGAACCAUAUACCAGCAAUAUUUAUGCAAGAAGAGUUCUGUCUGGAGAAUUCCAAAUUGUAAACCCUCACUUACUUCGAGAUCUAACUGAAAGAGAUCUUUGGGAUGAGAACAUGAAAAACGAAAUUAUAGCAAAUAAUGGUUCUAUACAGAAUAUUGAACGUAUACCAGAUGAUCUAAAAAUGCUUUAUAAAACAGUUUGGGAAAUAUCACAAAAAGUAAUCUUAAAAAUGGCAGCAGAUCGAGGUGCAUUUAUAGAUCAAUCACAGUCAUUAAAUGUUCAUAUGGCUAAACCAACAACAGAAAAACUGACUUCAAUGCAUUUUUAUGGCUGGAAAAUGGGUUUGAAAACCGGUAUGUACUAUUUAAGAACGAAACCGGCCGUAAAUGCUCUUCAAUUCACAGUCGAUAAAUCAAAAUUACGAAACGCAAAUACUAUUAACCCUUGUCAGUCUAGUAAUUCUGAAAGUGGUAAUGAGGAGGAACUCAACUCUUCAAAAAGUGGAUGGUUACAAAAUCAAAACAACGAAAGCAUAGACAAUGUACUCGCAUGCUCUCGCGAAAAUGGAGAUGCAUGCAUGGCUUGCGGAUCAUAAAUAUAAAUAUUUGUUAUAUUUUGUACUUAAGUUAUCAUUUUUAUAAUCAUUGUACAUGUGAUGAAUGUUAUAUUUAAGCAUAGUUUUUGUAAUACUAUACUAAGUUUUGAAAAAUUGUAAAAUAAAAUUUGCCUUUGAUUUC